AUGACCGUUCCAACCCUCACAGGUACGCCAGGCUCUAACGCUGAUGCAUCCAUCAAUGGUAGCAACAAAUCUCUUUCCACAAAAGACAAAGCAUGUCCAUUUUGUCAACAACAAUUCACCUCCUCUUCUUUAGGUCGACACUUGGAUCUUUACAUCAAAGAGAAGAACCCCAAACCUGCGGACGGUAUACAUGAUAUCGAUGAGAUUCGCAAGCUGCGCGGGGGUAUCACAAGAAGACAGCCAAGGAAUAGUGUGAACAAACGAGAUUAUCGUAAUAUGUCUAGGGAUACUCCGGGCACUGCUGAGCGAAGAAGUCCAAGACCCGGCAGCGAAAGAGAGAGAGAGAAUAAUCGUAGCCCGAGUAUACGAAGGGAGAAUGGAAUAAAUGAAUCUAUACAGAAUGACCAACAUGGAAGUAGAGCCAAGUUAUCUACAUUUACCAAUCGCGGAAACUGGGAAAAUACUGGCGUGACUAACAACAUUUUGACGCCUUGGAGUAGCGACCCUCGAAGCUGGGACGAAGAGGAUAGAGACAAUAUAAGAAAGUCAGACACCAGAAGUCUAUCGGUUAGCAGGAAGAUACUCGCUAAAACCGGCAUUGAACAAAAGCAGAGGAUGAUAGAUGCACUUGAUAAUGCAAAAGCUGCCGAACUUGCUUUGCGUGAAAUAGUAGGCUCAUUAAGAGCAGCUAAACAACAAACUCAGGGCUCAUCGAUAUUUGACUUCGACCCAUUAACGAUGGAUUUCCCAGCCCUGUGCUUGCAUUGUCUUCCACCACCACCAACAUUACACACAAAUACUCCCAUUCCCUCCCCAAAUUCUUGGUCACUCUCACCUCCAGAAGAAGCACAAUACCAAGCUCUCCGCAAUCAUUUCGCUUCAGCCUUUCAUAAUUACCGAAUAUCCCUCUCAGUAACAAUCCCUCCUUCAAAUCUCGAAAAUAUCUACGCCCCCUCAGCUCACUCUAAUAUCUACUCUGAUUCUCGCUCUCUUGGUGCCUCUAUUGAAUCUGCGACGAAUUCGCUAGAAGGCAAAGUUAAUUCACAUCUUCAAGCAAUCUUUCGAGCCUGGCAAGCCCUUUCAAGCACAAAUCGUGCAGAGAUCUGGAAUAUAUCUCUUGCUCGUAAUAUUGCUCUAAAAAGCAAUCAAAUUGAUAGCAUGAAACGAAAAAUUGAGGCGAUAUCACAAGACGCGUCGCAUCUGAGGCAGCAAAUAGAUGAAAUAAACCGAAUGCAACAGCCACGAGAAUUUAGAACUGCACCUCCGCGAACUACACGUAUUGAAAGUGAGACAAUAAAUGUUUUAGGAGAACGAAUUUUAGGAAUGGGUGUUAAGGUCAGGUUAGAUCCUGAGAAUUCUUCUAGUGGUAACUCGUGCCAAAAACGAAGUCCAGGCCCCAAUAUAUUUGAUCAAAGCAUCCAUAUCGAUACAAUAAUCGAACGUUCAGUUGGGCGCUGGAAAAAUGUCGUUCGGGAAACACGUAAAAAAAGUAGCGAAAUUAAUGACGUUGGUAUUGAGAGGGGGGUGAGCACGCACCAGGGUUUAAGUGGGGAAAGUAUAGUUAUCGGUGACAAAUUCCAAUCAUCUGGCAUGCCAAUUCCCAACGAAUGGGAGAGGCAUAAUGAACCAGUCAAAAAUGGUGCUGGAAAUGCUGGAGUUGGUAGCGACGCUGAUGCCGAUGCUGAUAUGGAAGAAGAUGACGGGAGUAGCUUUGUGGAAAUGGUUGAUGCACCGCCAACUUUACGUACUCAACUCCGUGGUCAACAGUUGCACCUUCAAUCUCAAAAUCAUCCGUCACAACAUCGCCAGCAGCAACAACACGUUAGAGAUCAAGGAUUUCGAUUGAACCAUGGAAAUGGAAAUAUUGCCAGAAACAUCUCAGCAAAUAGUCCGUGCCCUAGCACUAGUGGAGGCCAUCAUAACCCAACUAAUAGUCCAAUACAAGCUCAAAACAGCAACUAG